UUCCACAGAGGGUCUGCCCCCCUUACUUUUCCUGUCGGCGGGCGUGAAGUCGUCAAAACAGACGAUGAAACAGGACAAAACGCGUUAACUUAAGGGUGAUGUAAAACGGAAACGUGAAGAAAUAGCAACGGUGACGUCGCUAACCGUAUUCUUAUACAGGAAGGAGUUUUAACUUUACUUCAAAUACUUGGACAUGUCGCGCAAGACUGCGAAACGCGUAGUCGUCCUUCCUUGGCAGUUAACCGACUCAGCCGUUUGAUAGAAGUCUUUGUUUUCCACGUAGUGUACUUAUUUAUAUGUGAUCUUCCUAGUGAUGCAGCAACGGUCAUAGUUUAACUAUGUCAAAAAAAACUUUCGACGUAAAGAAUCAUUUCACCGUGGCAGUUACGGCGAUUUUAGUUCUCGGUUUUGUUUCAUCUUGCAAGGCAGAGACUCCGGAUUGCCAUGGAGCAUAUGACCUCUACUUUGUAUUGGACAGAUCUGGAAGUGUUUCGACUGACUGGAUUAAGAUCUAUGAGUUUGUGGAAAACCUUGUAGACCGAUUUGUGAGCCGGAAUAUGAAGGUCUCCUUCAUUGUUUUUUCCUCAAGAGCAGAGAUCAUUUUGCCAUUAACUGGAGACAGAAGCUUGAUACAAUCUGGACUGAAGUCACUGAGUGAAGUCAAACCUGCAGGUGAAACAUAUAUGCAUGAAGGGAUUGUUAUGGUAAAUCAGCAAAUGAAGGCACAACCCCAAAAGUCCUCAAGCAUCAUCGUCGCCUUGACAGACGGGAAGCUUGGGCCUUAUGUGCAUGACCUCACUGUGAAAGAGGCAGACACAGCAAGAAAAUAUGGGGCUCGAGUGUAUUGUGUCGGCAUCAAGGACUUUGAUAAGGAUCAGCUGGCUCAAGUAGCUGAUACCGAAGCACAAGUGUUCCCAGUCAAAGAUGGUUUCCAGGCACUCAAAGGAAUUGUUAAUUCAAUCCUCAAGCAGUCGUGCACGGAGAUCCUAACGGUGCAGCCGCCCAGCGUCUGCGUGAAUGAGACCUUUGACAUAGUCCUGAGAGGCAACGGGUUCACGCUGGGGAGAGCCAGAGAGGGCGUGCUCUGCAGCUUCAUGGUGGACGGCAAAGCCUACAAUGAGAAGCCAACCACAGUGAGAGACAACUAUGUGCUGUGUCCCGCCCCAGUACUGCAAUACGCUGGACAGAAAAUGGAGGUCCUCAUCAGCUUGAACGGUGGCACGUCCUACAUCACGAGUCCGUUCACCAUCACCGCCUCCAGUUGUUCGGACGGCAAGGCGGUGGUCAUUGUGUUCCUGGUGCUGCUGCUGCUCCUCGCCCUGGCUGCCAUGUGGUGGUUCUGGCCUCUCUGCUGCACCGUGGUCAUUAAAGAUCCACCCCGUGAAAGGCCUCCUCCCCCACCUUCUACACCCCCAGAGGACCCUCUGCCCAAGAAGAAAUGGCCAACCGUGGAUGCGUCUUAUUAUGGAGGAAGAGGAGCGGGCGGGAUCAAACGCAUGGAGGUGCGCUGGGGAGAGAAAGGCUCCACGGAGGAGGGCGCCAGGCUGGAGAAGGCCAAGAACGCCGUAGUGUCGGUGCCUGAGGAGGUGGAGGAGUCCAUGAUCAGAAAUCCCGCCGCGCCAGCCCCCACCUACCACCACCCCGAGACAAAAUGGUACACUCCGAUCAAGGGCCGCCUCGAUGCGCUGUGGGCCCUGCUGCGCAGACAGUAUGAUCGUGUUUCCCUCAUGCGGCCAACGGCGGCAGACAAGGGGCGCUGUAUGAAUUUCAACCGAGUACAGCAUCGCUAGACAGAUUUAAAUCAUCAAAAUCCAUGGAUAACCAGAACUCCAGUGAAACCAACAAAAUUUCCUCUCUGUUUCUCUCUUCCAAUGACUUAUUUUUUUAUGAUUUAUGUUCUUGAUUGGUCAGUGUACUGCAGCAUACAUCUGUUACAGCCCUUUUAAUUUUAGGUUUGGCCUUCCAACACAAUUGCACCUGCUUUAAAUUAUUUAGAUGGUAUCUCAUGAGCUGCUAAAAGGGCCUUUUAGUAGUGUAUCCAAGAGAAUAAGUGCAUAAGAAAGUUCUGGGGUUUGUGCCCUAUUUGGUUAGCUUUUUAUGGACUUUUAUGGACUUUUUAUGGACAAGGCUUGACAUAUUCCGACCAUAUUGUGCCUUCUUUGAAAUAGAGAAAAAAAGGAAGUAAGCUAAAUUUAUGGAUGCAGACUGGGGCCAUUUUAAAAAGAAGAAAUAAAUUAAUAGGGUACGGGAAGAGGACUUUUGCCAUUGGAGUGGAAGUCGGAAAUUAAUCUCACUAGGCUCAGGAAGCACGGAAGUCCAGCACCUCUUGGCCAUGUCCCAGUACGCGGCCUCCCCACGUCCGGUGUGGCCUGACGCCCGGCGGGACCUGUCUUUUCGGCACUGAAGUGCACACGCCUGACAGAUUGCUGACAGGAACCCCCAAGGUGGCAGACGUGGCACGACUUUGCCCUUUAGUUUUGUGAAGACACCUUCCCAUCAUCGCUCAGGAGCUAAAAAGUGAAUGGAGCACGACUGCGACCCAGGCAGCGCAGUUACGUUUCAGGGACGGAUUCUCUGAGACUUUAACAUACUGUGUUGCGUGGGGGACUUUUCUAGAACCACGCCACCACCACUCCAGAACCCCCACCCCCAGUCUGGCAGUCUGCUCCUUGGCUGCUAAGACACGGGUGAUCACAAUCCAUAAAAGUGCUUAGUUUUGGGGCAUGGAUACAGCUGCCUCACCACUUUCUCUCUCUUGAGCAGAUGAAAUCUUGCAUGGUGCCCUAGCCAUCUCCACCCAGCCACGCAGUCGGCGCCAGAGUGUCGGGAGUUUAAUUAAAAGAAUUAAAAGCAACAGCAAGCAGCAGCCUGCGAAGCUUUUGCUCAUCGCUCUUUAUGCCUUCUGACAUCGAACGACCCAUUACUGUAUCUGCCCCGUUCGAAAAUAAAAGUCCCAUCUGCCAAAGCGAACUGAAAGGGAUUCGUGCAUAAACCCCGAAAAGCCAAAGCCGAAAGGGCGACGGACAGAGUAUUGUUCAUUUCCAGAAAUGACCCUCAUUGCCUCCCCCUGACCCUCAACCCACUCCCUCGCUCCUCCGCGGUCACACUAAAUAAGCGAGCAGCGCAUUUGUUGUACGUGGGGUGAGGCACACUGUCAUGAAGACUUCCAGGGUGCGGCGCCGGCGUGGGACGGAAGCGCCGUGGGGUGAGGAUGAAGGAGGCGGCUGAAGGGAAAAAAAAGGCCGGAAUGAUCCAGUCACUUUUGAUACGCUACUUCAGACACGCAGCGGAUAUUCGAGUGGAAAUCUGACAAAGCGCUCCAGCUUUGACGCGAAGCGGUACGGACAAUGACCGGUGGCUGGGUCAGUGGGACAUCUCGGUGCAAGCAGGGAAGCUUAUCAGAUGACACUAAAAAUAAGUUCAACAAGCAUCAAGUUUGAAGUCGGGGGUGGGAGUGUGGGGUGGGUGGUUGGGUGGCUCCCGCACUGUUGGCAUGAGGCUGCACGAGACAGACAACACCAAAAUAUCCUGCUCUAAUUAUUCCUUUGUGAUCUUCAGCUGAAAUUUUAAGAACGUGAAUGAUUCCUCUGGGCUGAAAUCAUAAGAAAGAAAGAAAGACACAAUGGAAUGGAAAAAUAAAAGUAACCUUACUUGUGAAUAUUUGACAUUUAGUGCACUUUUUAGCAAUGACAAAAUAUAUAUCACAAUUUUCUGUCUUGUCAAGAUUCAGAGACCUGUUAUUAACCCUCACUAAAACAUAUUUAUAUACUGGUCACAACACAUCAUUUCAUUGUACUAACUCAUCACACAAGAUUUAGCAGCUGAUUUUUAUACUGUUUUAUAUUUGUGUUUAUCAUAAAGUAUUUUUCUCAUUGUGUGUGCACAUGGAGAGGAGUCAGUAGAA